AUGUCCCACCUAGCUCCCCAAGCAGCCAUAUUCUCCCCCUCGAUAGCCCGCGCAGCAGCAUCGACAGCCAAAGACUGGGCCUACGUAGACGCCUGGCUCCGCCGCCAAUGGACCCAUCUCUCCAAAGCCGCCGCUGCCUCAUUAUCUUCCACCUCGCCACCGUCAUUCGAGCGAAACCCAGAGACCCUCGAGGUCCUGCUCUCUCUUAUAGCCGCCAACGAAGAAGCAGACGAGGAGCGCCACCGGCUCGCGCGUCUCGAGUCCGCCGCCCUAGAUGAAGUGCGCGCCGCAGAGCAGGAGAAAGACAGCCGCCGUCGACGUCAGAGCAGCGACAAUGCUAGUAGCAGUGGUGCCGUGGUACCGAUCCACGGGGACCUCUUGGCCGAAGAUCUCCUCCAGGCCCUCGACGCGGGACUAUCCAAGGACGGACAGACAGCCCUAGACGCACUGGCCGACGUCUCGCUAUGUCUCAACGCCGCCGCGGACCCGAGCUCGUCCAACCUCUGCCGCGUCUUCGUCGACCUGCAGGGCGCGGCCCACGAGACGUCCCACCUGCUACACCGCGUGGGGCUCCUGCAGGCGUACCUGGACGACGAGUCGGCGCGUCUGCAGGCGUUUCUCGAAGACCUGCGCCAUGGCCCUCAGUAUCAGCUUCCCGCCGCCGCCGCCGCCGCAGCAGACUCGGACGCCCUCCCGCACGCCGUCGAGGACAUGGCUGCCAGGCUCCCCGAGUUGCGCCGCUGCGUCGAGGCCUUGGAGAAGAAGGUCGCCAUACCCGCUUUGACCGUCGAGGAGGUCAGGCUGGACGAGGAGGCGUACUUGGACCUCCUUGUCAAGAAAAAAGACCUCGACGCCCAGGUCAAGGCCUUCGCCGGUCUACCGCCCGAUAUUGAGGCCGCGAGGGUUGAGCUGGAAAACCUCCGCACUCAGCUCCGUGAGGCGACCGAGCGACGAGACGCCAACUUUGAGAUGCUAGUUGAGCGCGAGAGUCCAGUCAAGGUCCGGGCUUCGCGAAGAAUCUAG